AUGUCUUUCUUUGGCGGCACAGAAUGCUCCACGGGCAAUGUGGUGGCGCAACUCAACAAGCAUACGCAGCAAGACCGGUCUCUCCAGAGACAAACCCACUCGCCUGCGCCAGGAGCCCAGAGCUUCAAGCAAGACAAGAUGGUGAACCAACGGGAUUUGGAGCAGUUUUCUGCGCCAGCCACGUUCCAGUUCCAGCCCAUGCGCCACGAGCUCAACCGUAUCCUGUCUCCGCUGUGGGCAAGCGAGUUUCCCCAGUUCCAGAACGGCCAGAGCCAAGAGCCCGGUUUUCAGAGCCCUUCUUUUCAGAACGCCUCAUUCCAGCAGGCGCCCCAACAAAAGGCUCCAACGCAGCAGGCACCGCAGCUGCAGAUGCAAGGUUUCCAGCUGGCACAGCCGCUUCAUCUGAUGCCUCUUCAUCUGAUGCCACUUCGCCCGAUGCAACUGUUCCAGCCUCGUUUCGGGCUCCAUGGACCUCAGUCUCAAAUGGGACAGGCGCAGAACAGUGCCCACGAAACGAAAGAAGGCCAAGAGGUAUCAGAGGCUGCAAAAGAAGAUGUGGACUGGGACCAGCAGUUCUCCCAGGUGGAGGCAGAAAGUGACAUCGUUGUGGACGACAAAUACCAAGCGACCUUUGACGAGGUGUGGGAGCUGUUGAAUCUGGACGCCACGGAAAACGACAUCAUCACCCAACAGUACGAGGAUUUCAAGCACACACAUCUUGAGACAGACCCAGCAGACUUGCUGCAGUGGGAGAAAGAUUUUGCCCGCUACGCUUCCACAAGAGCGCAUUUUGGCGAGUACCAAUUUGAAAGUGCCGAAACUAACCAGUUCACCGACCUUCCUGCGGACCAGGACCCGUACCAGAUCGGACUCCAGUUGAUGGCCAGCGGGGCUCGGUUGUCGGAGGCAGCACUUGCUUUUGAGGCGGCAAUAGCAAAAGAUCCUAACCAUGUGGACGCGUGGCUCAAACUUGGCGAAGUGCAGACUCAAAAUGAAAAAGAGGUGGCUGGAAUUGCUGCGUUGGAAAAGUGUCUUCAACUCCAGGGCGAAAAUGGCGCUGCGCUUAUGACAUUGGCCAUCUCCUACAUUAACGAAGGCUAUGACAAUGCCGCGUUUGCUACUUUGGAGCGCUGGAUCUCGACAAAAUACCCAGAGAUUGCUAAUGAGGCUCGCGAGAAGAAUCCAACCAUCACGGACGAGGAUAGGUUUUCUGUGCAUCGCCGUGUGACGGAGCUUUUCAUCCAGGCUGCCCAGUUGUCGCCAGACCACGCGAACAUGGAUGCCGAUGUGCAGAUGGGGCUAGGCGUGUUGUUCUACGCCAACGAAGACUUUGACAAAACUAUUGAUUGUUUUAGAGCGGCGCUUAGUAUCCGGCCCAAUGAUGCUGUUUUGUGGAACAGGCUUGGUGCAUCGUUGGCCAAUCUGAACCGGCCAGAAGAAGCCGUCACGGCAUACUUCAAAGCGUUGGAGCUCCAACCCACCUUUGUCCGUGCUCGGUAUAACUUGGGUGUUCUGUGCAUCAACAUUGGUUGCUACAAGGAAGCAGCUGAGCAUUUGCUUCUGGGGUUGGCCAUGCACGAGGUUGAGGGCCAGACCCAAACUCUUAGCCACAAUCAGCUGCUGCUGUUGAUGGAAACCUUGAAGCGGGCGUUUAUUGCCAUGGACCGCCGCGAUCUUCUUGAGAAAGUGAAACCGGGAAUGAACUUGGCUGAUUUCCGCGGGGAGUUUACCUUUUGA